AGGCUGUCGUUUUGGCUCAGGUCCCUGGCUCAUCGGCGAGGCACAGCGAACCGAAUGAGUGCCCGACACGCUUCAUGCCGCAACAUGGUGAACACAGUGCAUGGAUGGAGUGUCGGGGAGAGGGGCAGGAUGGCGGGCGUGAUUCCUCAGACCCAUUAUUGAUGAACCUCCGCCGGGAUUCAAAACUCACUACAACUGCCAUCUUGUCAGCGACUCGCCAGCUGAAAGUGUUUAAUAUCAUAUAGUGGCGGAUUUUACCAUGUGAGAUGGGUGGCGUUGCUGCUAUGAUCGAGUCCCGCGCUUCAUCUGAGAAUGACCAGCCGUCGGGCCGUGCUAUUUGUGGCAUUUUGCGGCGGCUCGCCGACUCGGAGUUCCACGAACAUCGAUCGGACGCAGCAGUUCUGCGACACGAGCUCGGGCAGGUCGCAGCAGACAUUUCUUAUGUGAUCGACAGGUCUCGGUCGCUCCGAGCAGCACUGGACAGUUUGAAAUUGGAUUAUGACCUUCUGCCGUCGAGCUCAUCGCCCGCAAAAGCUAGUAUGCAAAGUAUCGAAGACCCAGUCUUUGCCGCCAACUCCGGAUUGGAAAGUUAUGGCGCGAGAGUUGUUGCAUCCUGAUCUCAGCGAUUUCUUGCACAAGUUGGGGUCCAGGCCACUGGACAGGAAAACGGGGGACGUUUGGGGAGAUAUGGACGAGUUCCCCGAGCUUGUCAGGACGGUCGUGGCGCUCUGCCGACAAGAAUGCACCCGAGGUGGCGGACCAGAGUGGACGGAAAGUGGAUCAGAUGUGCUCAAGGUCUUGGAAAAGUAUGCCAAUCACAAACAUGAUGACCCUGUGUGCUUGCUCGACACUCUACAGCGGGAGUUCCAAGUAGAUCGCACGUGUUCACCGUGGUCGGCAGUGGCCGAUCAAAGAGGGCCAGAGGGCCAUUUUGACAAGGCCGACGACCACUUCGCCCUGGGCUCUGGCGUCAAGUCCCAGGGCAAGCUCGGCAGAGCGGCCGGGCCAAAGAGCAUCACCAGCGAGAAGAAGGCCAGUCAGCACCAGGUGGUCAAGAGCGAUGUCGCCAAGGGCCUCGCGGGCGACAUGAAGGCUGACGAGUAUGCCUUGUGCGCCCAGCCGCAGCACUACUCACGCUGGGCAGAAUACCGCGGCGAGCGGACCGACAGCUCCCUCAGCAAGUCAAUGAGCAGCUUGCUGCGGUACAGGAGGAAUGCUGAGCGGCACGGCCUGACGAUCUACGGUGGGGGUUGGGCCAAGUUGCAGGACCUCGCAAGGAUCCUCGGCGAAGAAUUCGGCGGGUCACGUGAGGAAAUUUGCGAGCGCAUCCGUUUCGCAGUCUCCACGAGCUUGAGCAAUGAACGCAACGCCUACCGCUUCGAGUCAGACAACCUCCCAAUGCUUGGUGAGGUCGUCCGAGCCACGGACAAGUCUGAGCAUAGAGGAGGGCGCCCGCAGAGGAGUCUUCAACACGGCGACGGCGUCCCGCGGCCGGCGUGGCGGGAGCCCGCCGGCAAAGAAACCCGGGCCACUGUGACGCUGGAGGGCUUCCCCGAGCGGGCCGACUGCGCGCCGAGGGCGCACUUCAAGGCGGCGCCGAACCCAGCGCCCGACAUGCCCGCCGCGGCAAAGCAGCCAGCGCCGGCGCGAUCCACGGAGAGGGCCCCCGACCCCAGCACGGGGCCGCCGCCUAAGAGGGGCGGAGCGGCGGAGGCCGCCACCGCCCCAGCGUCUGCCGCGCUGGCAUCCCUCAGUGCGCACUCCGCCGGCCCGCCUGGGUCCGCUCGGCCGCGCCUCCCCAGCCGCACUGGCGGUGCGGACUGGGUUCACGUCCCGGCGGAGGACUGGGCGUACGUCCCGCCGAAGAGGAGCGGCACGGCGGCAGCGGCAACCGCGGCGGCGUCCGCCGCGCUAGCCUCUGGCUGCGCGCCCUCCGGCGGCGCUGGUGCCAGACCAGCGGAGGAAUGGGUGCACGUCGAGCCGUCGAAGCGAUGCGGCGGCAGCGCGGGCGCCAGCAGCAGGGAGCAGAUCCGGGCCGUCGGGGGCCGCGGAGGCGCCACCGCAGGAACCACUGAGCUGCCGCUGGGCCGCCAGCUCGGCAGCGAGGACCAGCGUGUGGGAGAAGGGCGAGCAGUGGCCAGCCGGCGUGCGGCAUACGAAAUUGGAGCCGGGCACGAGCAUCUGCGAGAUCUGCACAGCCUCGAUCGAGCCGAAGAGUUGGAUGAGGUCGCCAAAGCGCUCCCGAGCCAUGGGCUACCGGCAGGCUGUCAGAUCCCUGAGGAAGUCACGCAUGCUCAACGCAGAGCAAAUGCCCGAGGGAGUCGUCAGCAAGGCCAUGCAUCUGCCCGAGGAGGUCGAUCCCAAGAUCCAGAGUUGCUCUCCAGGCAGCUGGCUUCACUUCUGCGGCACAAGGCUCGGAGCUGUGGCCUCGUCAUGACCAACGCGGGCUUUGUGGAGUUCGCGGCCUUGAUGCGCGAACUCCCGCGCUUCACUGGACAGCAGGUUCGGCGGGAAGAUGUUCAGCGUGUCGUCGCGAACAGCUACCAUCAGAAUGGCGAGCCUCGCUUCGAGUUCGGCUACAGCCAGAACAAUGUGUUGCAAAUCAGGGCCCGGAGAAACCACUCCAUCCCUGGCGUCGAGAUAUCGGCCUUCCACAGCGAUCCCCACGUCCAGCCUUCCCAGCAUCCGCUCCGCAGCUCCCUCCACACAGCCGCACUUUGGCCGCGCACGCCGCUAUCUCGCAGCGACAGUGCCGCCACCGCUGCUGCCACAAUGGAGGCGCCGCUGCCGAUGCAGCUGCCUCCUCAGCAGAGCCGCCUUGCCUACGACAGCGCCCAGGCGGCCCCCGCGCGGACCCCGUCGUCGGCGAGGGCGCCCUGCCCACUGCUGGGCAGCGUCGUGGAGGUGCAGGGCCUGCAGACCCGCGCGCACCUCAAUGGCCGGCGCGGCAGGGCGGUCGCCUGGUUGCCCGACGCUGCCCUUGUCAGAGUCGAGCUGGACGACGGCAGCCGCCAGGACGUCCGCCCCGCGAACCUCGCGCCCGCGGAGCCCGCCGCCCGCGCCCG